AUGUGCUCGCUCACGGACGACGCGGCGGACACAGCGGCCGAGGGGGUUCCCGGCGCGCACCCGUGUCGAGGAUGGACCCCGCACGGAGCCGCCUGCGCGGCGUGUCGCCCCAUCCUCGCCUCCCUCCCAGCUCUCUCAUCGCAGCCCAACGACAACAACAACAACAUCAACAACAACAACUCGUCCUGCAGGGGCGCCCCUUCGGACGGGGCUGGUCGGGUCCCCUCGGCGUCGCCACCAGCGUCAUCGGGGCUCGCACCCCGCCGUGGAAGCAGGGACGCGUGUUCCAUCCACGGACGAGAGGGUCUGCAGCUGACGCUGUUCUGCAUGCGCUGCCGGGAGCGCCUGUGCUACCGGUGCGCGUACGAGGGGCACCGCGAGCACACUGCGCUCCCUCUGUCCGCGGCGCAGGACAAGGCGAAGGAGACGAUAGACUGCCGCAAAAGGCUGGUGGAGAAGCGGGUGGAGCUGAAGCGACACGUGGAGGCCAUGGCGAGGCUGAGCGCGGAGCUGGGGAGGCUGCGGGAUUUGGUGGCGCGGAGAGGGGAGGCCGCGGCCGCGGAGCUCGUCAGAGUCAGGCUGGGCCGCCUCGCCUCCCUGCAGCUGCGGCAGGGAGGCCUCGAGGAGGAGUGGGGGCACCUCGACUCGAUCGCCAAGACCAGGGAACAGAGGGCCUUCUUGCAGGCGUUUUCCACGCUCUCCGAGCCCGUCUUCGAAGAGGAAAACGACAAGUGGGACGACGAAGAAGACGGCGACGAUGGGGGUCUCCGCUCGCUGGAGCCCCUACGCGCGUGGCUCACGGGGCAGAAGACCCCGCGACGCGGGGACCCCCGUCGAGUGGGCCCCCUCUGCUCCCCGCCGGCGCCAGGGCUCCCCCCGCGCAACCAACCCAUCAUGGACGGCACUCGGAUUCGGCAGAGCCGAGCGCACGCUCCCUGCGUGGCGCCACCCGACCCCCACCGCCAUCGUCACCACCACCACCACGACCACGACAACCACCACAACCACCGCCACUACAACGAGCGUCGACAGGUGGUGCACAGAUUCCCCACCAUCACCGCCACCUCCUCCGACGGGGGCGUCUUCGACUUCUGCCUCGACCCGGGCAGCGCCUCCCCAGGCCUCCGCCUGAGUGCCGAUCGCCGGGCCGUGGAGUGCUGCGCCGAGGGACCACGGCCCGUGGCUCGCCACGUCAUCGGUAGCGCCAUCGGCGUCGUGGUCGGUGGCGGCAGCGGCGGUGGUGGCGGCCUGACCGCUCACGGGCGGUGGCACCAGGCGACCGCGCGGCAAAGCAGAGGUGGCAACGUUGCGCGCAGGGGGGCCGCCCCUCCCGUCCGGAGUCGCGACUUCCUGACGGUGCUGGGAGACCGGGCCAUCCCAGCGGGGCAGCGCUGCUACUGGGAGGUGUCCGUGAACCGCGCCGGCGACUUCCGAGUCGGCGUUAGCCUCGCCGGCCCUCGGCCCGGCGGACGCAGGGCACCGCCGCCGCCGCUCCCGGCGCCGCUGCGUCGUCGCAAGCGGGCGCCGCAGAGGGGCGGCUUCGACGAGGACGACGACGACGACAAUGACGGCGGCAGCGAGGACGAUCACGACGACGACGACGGCGGCGGCGAUCUGGACGACGUGGACGAGGAGGGCCUGCAGUGGACGCUGGUGCUGCUGGGAGCCGAGCGGCUCUUCGCAGUGCACGGCGCCACCAGGGAGCGCGUCUUCCUGCCCGCGCUGGCCGCGGGCACGCGGCGGCUGGGCCGCGUCGGGGUGAUGUCCGACGGAGGGCGCGGCGUGCUGGCGUUCUACGACGCGAGCGUAGGCGGCGACAAGCGGCACCUGCACACGUUCCGCCCGGGCCGCGGGCUGCUGGCGAGGCCGCUCUACCCGCUGCUGGCCCUGCGUGCGGGCCGCCUGGCCGUCGUGUCGGGCCUGGAGGUGCCCCCCCGCCUCGUGUGGAGGGCCGCCCAGCGGCAGCGCUGUGCCUGA